AUGACAUUUCAUCCCGAAACCCUCCCAGAUCUCGAUGGCAAAGUCUUCAUAGUCACAGGUGGUAAUUCUGGCAUAGGCUACUAUACCGUAGCCCACCUAGCCGAGCAUGGCGCCCACGUAUACAUAGGCGCUCGAUCUUUCGAGAAGGGCACAGCAGCCAUUGCCAACAUCAAGAGAAUAUACCCUUCAGCCAACAUCGAUCUCCUACAAAUGGACCUCAUGGACCUUGCCAGCGUCAUCAAAGCAGCCAAGCACUUCCUCACCCUCGAAACGGCCCUGCACGGUCUGGUCAACAACGCAGGAAUCAUGGCAACGCCCUUUGAAAUAACCAAAAAUGGCCACGAAGCCCAGUGGCAAACCAACUACCUCGCGCACUGGGCUUUCACAGAGCAGCUGAUUCCUCUAAUGCUGCGGACCUCAAAGACGCUUCCUCCCGGAAGCGUGCGCAUUGUCAAUCUCACCUCAUCGGGUCAUUUGGGUGCACCCAAAGGUGGCAUCAAUUUCAAGGACUUAUCGCUGAAGAAUAGCAGCCCGUGGUCGCGGUACGGACAGAGCAAGCUUGCUAAUAUUCUGUACACUAAGACCCUGCAUAAGAGAUAUGGUCCAGGUUCUCUCAGUGCUCAGAAAGUCGAGGGCGACAUCUGGGUUUCGUCCGUACAUCCUGGUUUGGUUGAGACGAACCUCGCCACGUCGGUGGGGGAGUCAGGAUCCGGUAUGUUGGGCGUUUUCUCGGUGCUACGCAUGCUUGGAUUCAUGUUGCCUGCCGAUAAAGGAUCGUGGACUAGUUUGUUCUGUGUGGCAAGUAUAGAUAUGAAGGCAGAGCAGAGUGGCGCGUAUCUCGAAAUCUUCCGUCGGUUUGGGGAGCCUUGGUGGCAGAGCGCUGCUGCAAAGGAUGACAAGCUUGCAGAGAUGUUGGAAGAGUGGACCAGGAAUAAGAUGACAGAUGAAGGAUGGGUUCUGUAA